CCAUAAUCAUCAUCACUAACCAUGAGAAAAGUUUAUUUGUUCUUCGUUUGUUGCAUUGUUGCAACUAGUUUAACUCUCAAUGUAGUUUUAGCACAUGAGACGGUCGUGAAUCCUCCAAACACGAUCAAAGAUAUAGAGCCGUACAUCUCGGAUAGAGCCCUUGGGUUUGUGUUGAAGUUGGAGAACAAUUGUCCUAUAAGAGAACAGCUAAGAUCAUUCUUUGAGAAGCUAAAAGAUCUUUUGAAGUUGGAGUCUUCUGUUACGCCGCUAAUCGAGGACAACGAACCAAAGACAUUCAAGUUUGAUCUUAAGUCCAAAUCCGAAAAUCUCUUGCAAACGAUGUUUAUGCUUGGGAGAGGACUGUUGAGUUCAAGUAUAAGAAAGGAGAUGUUUGAAGUGAUGAAAUCACUAACUGAGUUACAUGCUGCGAUCGGUAGAGUUAUUAUAGAGAAACAUAUAAAAGGUGAUGAAGCAAUGUCACUUUCCUUGGAACAAAAGAACGCGGUAGAAACCUCGAUAACUCAAUGGGAACAAACGAUUACCCGAAUCGUGAAGAUUGUUGUAGAGGUUAAGUCAAAAAGUUCAAGUGAGGCUUCGUCGGAAGAAAGCAGUAGUACUGAACACAACAAUGUUACUACGGGCAGUAACAUGGUGGAGACCAAUGGAGAAAAUUCAGAAUCCACGCAAGAAAAAGGAGAUGGCGUUGAAGGAAGCAAUGGAGGUGAUGUAUCAAUGGAGAAUCUACAAGGCAAUAAGGUGGAAGAUCUUAAAGAAGGUAAUAAUGUUGUUGAGAACGGCGAAACAAAAGAGAACAAUGGUGAAAAUGUAGAAUCUAAUAAUGAGAAGGAGGUAGAGGGUCAAGGAGAAAGUAUUGGAGAUUCGGCCAUAGAGAAGAAUUUGGAAUCUAAAGAAGAUGUUAAGUCGGAGGUCGAGGCGGCUAAAAAUGAUGGAAGUUCCAUGACAGAGAAUUUGGGAGAAGCUCAAGGAAACAAUGGAGUUUCAACAAUAGAUAAUGAGAAGGAAGUAGAGGGUCAAGGAGAAAGUAUCGAAGAUUCGGAUAUAGAGAAGAAUUUGGAAUCCAAAGAAGAUGUUAAGUCGGAGGUAGAGGCGGCUAAAAAUGCUGGAAGUUCCAUGACAGGGAAGUUGGAAGAAGCUCAAAGAAACAAUGGAGUUUCAACAAAUGAAACAAUGAAUUCAGAGAACAAAGGAAGUGGAGAGUCUACGAAUGAUAAAAUGGUAAAUGCUACAACAAAUGAUGAAGAUCACAAGAAGGAAAAUAAGGAAGAGACUCACGAAAACAAUGGAGAAUCAGUGAAGGGUGAAAACUUGGAGAACAAGGCAGGUAAUGAAGAAUCAAUGAAGGGUGAAAACUUGGAGAACAAGGUAGGUAAUGAAGAAUUAAAGGGCAAUGCAUCAGUAGAGGCCAAGACAAAUAAUGAAAGUUCUAAGGAAGAAAAGCGAGAAGAGAGUCAAAGAAGUAAUGAAGUUUAUAUGAACAAAGAAACAACAAAAGGUGAAAAUGUAAAUAUUCAAGGAGAGAGCAUCGGAGACUCGACUAAAGAUAAUAGUUUGGAGAAUAAAGAAGAUGUUAAGCCAAAGGUAGAUGCUAAUGAAAGUGAUGGAAAUUCCACGAAGGAGAGGCAUCAAGAGGCUCAAGUAAAUAAUGGAGUUUCAACAGAAGAUAAGAACUUGGAUAACAUAGGAGCUGAUGAACAGAAAAAAAAUGAUAAAUCGGUAGAGGUUACAACAAACGAUGGAGACCAUACGAAAGAAAAGAGGGAAGAAACUCAAGGAAACAAUGGAGAAUCAGUGAAGAAUGAGAACUUAGAGAAUAAAGAAGAUAAGAAAGAAUUGAAGGAUGAUGAAUCAGUAGGUGCAAAAACAAAUAAUGAAACUUCGCUGGAGGAAAAGCGGGAACAAACUCAAAAAGGUCAUGAUAAUUCCAUUAAUAGCAAGAUAGUGGAUAAUAAAGGUGGAAAUGCAGAUUCUAACAAGGAGAAAGAAGUACAUGUUGGAGACUCAACUAAUGAUAAUAAUAUGGAGAGUAAAGAAGACACUAAGUCAGAAGUAGAGGUCAAGAAAAAUGAUGGAAGUUCCGAGAAGGGAGAAGAAGGAAAAGAGAACAACAAAGAUUCAAUGGAAGAUAAGAAAUUGGAGAACAAAGAAAGUCAAACUGAUUCGAAGGAUGAUAAAUCUGUUGAUGAUAAGCAAGAAGAAGCUCAAAUAUACGGGGGAGAGUCUAAAGAUGAUAAGUCGGUAGAGGCUAAGGGGAAAAAGAAAGAGUCUAAGGAAAAUAAGAAGACAAAGACUAAUGAAAAUAGGGUAAGGAAUAAAGAAGAAAAUGUUCAAGGAAACAAAAAAGAAUCGGAGAAGGUAGAAAAAGGAGAGAAGAAAGAGUCUAAAGACGCAAAAUCAGUGGAAACCAAGGACAAUAAGAAACUUUCUAGUACAGAAAACCGAGAUGAGGCUAAAGAACGUAGUGGUGAAGAUAACAAAGAAGACAAGGAAGAGUCUAAGGACUAUCAAUCAGUUGAGGCUAAGGAAAAGAAUGAAAAUGGUGGAGUGGACACAAAUGUAGGUAACAAAGAAGAUAGUAAAGAUUUAAAGGACGAUAGAUCAGUGGAGGUUAAAGCAAAUAAGGAAGAAUCCAUGAAGAAAAAGCGUGAAGAAGUUCAAAGAAACGACAAAAGUUCAACAAAAGAAGUUAGAGAUUUUGCUAAUAACAUGGAUAUAGAUGUUCAAAAGGGAAGUGGAGAGUCAGUGAAAUACAAGAAAGACGAAAAGAAGGAAGGAAAUAAAGAAGAGAAUAAAGAUACAAUCAAUACUAGCUCAAAGCAAAAAGGAAAAGAUAAGAAGAAGAAGAAGAAAGAGUCUAAAAAUAGCAAUAUGAAGAAAAAAGAAGAAGAUAAAAAAGAGUACGUAAACAAUGAAUUGAAGAAACAAGAAGAUAAUAAAAAAGAGACGACAAAGUCCGAAAACAGUAAAUUAAAGGAAGAAAAUAAAGAUAACAAAGAGAAGAAAGAGUCUGAAGAUAGUGCAUCAAAGAAUAGAGAGAAGAAAGAAUACGAGGAGAAAAAAUCGAAGACAAAAGAAGAGGCGAAAAAGGAGAAGAAAAAAUCUCAAGAUAAGAAAAGAGAGGAAAAAGACUCUGAAGAACGUAAAUCUAAGAAGGAAAAAGAAGAAUCUAGAGACCUUAAAGCUAAGAAAAAGGAAGAAGAAACAAAGGAGAAGAAAGAAUCAGAAAACCAUAAAUCGAAGAAGAAAGAAGAUAAAAAAGAGCAUGAGGACAAUAAAUCGAUGAAGAAGGAAGAAGAUAAAAAAGAAAAGAAGAAACAUGAAGAGAGUAAAUCCAGGAAAAAAGAAGAGGAUAAGAAAGACAUGGAGAAACUGGAAGAUCAAAACUCGAACAAAAAGAAAGAAGACAAGAAUGAGAAGAAGAAGUCCCAACAUGUUAAAUUAGUGAAGAAGGAAAGUGAUAAGAAAGAGAAGAAAGAAAAUGAAGAAAAAAGUGAAACAAAAGAGAUUGAAAGCAGUAAAUCACAGAAAAAUGAAGUGGAUAAAAAAGAGAAGAAAAGUUCCAAAGACCAACAGAAGAAAAAAGAAAAAGAGAUGAAAGAGUCUGAAGAAAAAAAGCUAAAGAAAAAUGAAGAAGAUAGAAAAAAGCAAACAAGUGUUGAAGAAAAUAAGAAACAAAAAGAAACAAAGAAGGAGAAGAACAAGCCUAAAGACGACAAGAAAAAUACUACAAAACAGAGUGGAGGCAAGAAAGAAUCUAUGGAAUCGGAGUCAAAAGAAGCAGAAAAUCAACAAAAAAGCCAAGCAACAACGCAAGCAGAUAGUGACGAAUCUAAGAAUGAAAUUUUAAUGCAAGCAGAUUCUCAAGCAGAUUCUCAUUCAGAUUCUCAAGCAGAUAGUGACGAAUCUAAGAAUGAAAUAUUAAUGCAAGCAGAUUCUCAAGCAACAACGCAACGCAAUAAUGAAGAAGAUAGAAAAAAGCAAACAAGUGUUGCAGAAAAUAAGAAACAAAAAGAAACAAAGGAGGAGAAGAACAAGCCUAAAGACGACAAGAAAAAUACUACAAAACAGAGUGGAGGCAAGAAAGAAUCUAUGGAAUCGGAGUCAAAAGAAGCAGAAAAUCAACAAAAAAGCCAAGCAACAACGCAAGCAGAUAGUGACGAAUCUAAGAAUGAAAUUUUAAUGCAAGCAGAUUCUCAAGCAGAUUCUCAUUCAGAUUCUCAAGCAGAUAGUGACGAAUCUAAGAAUGAAAUAUUAAUGCAAGCAGAUUCUCAAGCAACAACGCAACGCAAUAAUGAAGAAGAUAGAAAAAAGCAAACAAGUGUUGCAGAAAAUAAGAAACAAAAAGAAACAAAGGAGGAGAAGAACAAGCCUAAAGACGACAAGAAAAAUACUACAGAACAGAGUGGAGGCAAGAAAGAAUCUAUGGAAUCGGAGUCAAAAGAAGCAGAAAAUCAACAAAAAAGCCAAGCAACAACGCAAGGAGAGAGUGACGAAUCUAAGAAUGAAAUUUUAAUGCAAGCAGAUUCCCAAGCAGAUACUCAUGCAAAUUCUCAAGGAGAUAGUGACGAAUCUAAGAAUGAAAUAUUAAUGCAAGCAGAUUCUCAAGCAGAUUCUCAGACAGAUAGUGACGAAUCUAAGAAUGAAAUAUUAAUGCAAGCAGAUUCUCAAGCAGAUUCUCAGACAGAUAGUGACGAAUCUAAGAAUGAAAUAUUAAUGCAAGCAGAUUCUCAAGCAAAGAUUGGAGAAUCGCUAGAAGAUAAUAAAGUAAAGGGCAAAGAAGAUAAUGGAGAUGAAGUAGGUAAAGAGAAUAGUAAAACUAUAGAAGUUAAAGGAAGACACGAAGAGUCUAAAGAUGGCAAAACAAAUGAAAAUGGAGGUAAGGAAGUUUCAACCGAAGAAGGUUCCAAAGAUAGUAACAUAGUUGAAAGAAAUGGAGGUAAAGAAGAUUCCAUAAAAGAAGGCUCCGAGGAUGGUAAGACAGUUGAAAUUAAUGGAGGUGAGGAACUUUCAACUGAAGAAGGUUCCAAAGAUGGUAAGAUAGAAGAAGGGAAGGAAGGUAAAGAAAACUCUACAAAAGAAGGUUCCAAAGAUGAUAAGAUAGAAGAAGGGAUGGAAGGUAAAGAAAACUCUACAAAGGAAAGUUCCAAAGAUGGUAAGAUAAAUGAAAUUCAUGGUGAUAAAGAAGCAACCAUGGAAGAAGGCUCUAAAGAUGGAGGUACAAAUUCCACAGGAAAAGAUUCCAAAGAUAGUAAGUCAGUUGAAAUCAACGGAGUUAAAGACGAUUCUUUGAAAGAUGAUUCCAAAAAUGGUGACAUAAAUGAAAUAAACAAUGGUAAGGAAGAUUCCGUGAAGGAUAAUGUCACGGAGAUUCAAGGAAACGAUAAUAGUUUGACAAACAGUACAUCAAGUGAGCCCAAUGGAGAUAAACUAGAUACCAAUAAAGAUUCUAUGAAAAAUAACACAAUGGAAGCUCAAGGAGGUAGUAAUGGAGAUUCAACAAAUGGGGAAACAGAGGAGACUAAAGAGAGCAAUGUUUCUAUGAACAACCAAAAUAUGCAAGAUGUAGGAAGCAAUGAAAAUUCUAUGAAUAAUCAAACAACAGGAACAGGAGAUGACAUCAUUUCCACAACAACAGAUACCGAGAGUAACACUUCUAAAGAAGUAACAAGUUUCAUAUCAAACCUUGAGGAGAAAUCUCCAGGUACACAGGAGUUCCAAAGCUUCUUUCAGAAACUUAAAGAUUACAUGAAGUACUUGUGUCCGGUCUCUUCAACAUUUGAGGCAAAAGAUUCAAGAUCUUACAUGUCUGAGAUGAUAAGUAUGGCUACAAAGCUCUCCGACGCUAUGGCUGUCUUGCAAGCCAAGAAAAGUGGUUCAGGACAGAUGAAAACGACACUACAAGGAUAUCAACAAGAAGUGAUGAAGACUCUAACUAUCUUACAAUCGGUUAUGGGCAAAGCCGUAACUGAACAACAAAGCAAAGAUAGUGGUUCCUUGACACUUACGUUAUCACAGCAACAAGCAAUUAAGGAAAUAGUGUUGAAGUGGGAACAAGUGAUGUCUCAAUUUGUGAAAAUUGCUACAGAGAGUGAGAAACAAUUUUCACUCGAGAUUUCAACUGAAAACGGCUACCACAUGAAGAAAAGUUAUAACUCUAGCUCGAGUUCGAGUUCUAGUUCAAGUUCAAGUUCAAGAUCGGAUUUGAAACUUAACGGUGAACAUUUGAAGGGGAUGGGUAUGAAUGGUUAGAGAGUACGUUAUGUGAAUAAUAAACUCCACAUAAUAUUAAUUAUUAUUAACUAGAUAUUUUUUUCUAUUUUUUUUUUUGUAAAGUAAUUACAUAUCGUCCUGAAGUUUAGAUUUUGGAUAAAAUAUUGAACAUGAUUACAAAUUAUGUAAAUUUUGUUUUGUGGAUAUGUAAAUAAAAGAAAUCUCAUUUGGCUAGAAUAAAUAAUUGGUUUUAUU